GCACACAAAUACUUCCCUCUUUCUUCACUCUCCGAGCAACUAAAAUUUACGCACACAUAAACAAAACAUAUAAUGUUCCAUUGCAAAACAAACCAAUCAACAUAGCUCUCCAUCUCUUCUUCUGAAAACCCUAAUUCAUCGAAUGGCUUCAUCUCGCAAACUGAUUGUAGAAGUCGUGGAUGCACGCGAUCUGAUGCCAAAAGAUGGACACGGCACUUCAAGUCCUUACGUUUCAAUCGACUACUACGGCAAACGAAGGAGAACCCGCACUGUCAUUCGUGAUUUGAACCCCUCAUGGAACGAGGUUCUUGAAUUCGACGAGGGGAAGCCAUCGGAAGUUUUCAGUGACAUCCUUGAACUCGACGUCUACCACGAUAAAAAUUAUGGCCCCACGAGGAGAAACAAUUUUCUUGGGAGGCUUCGGUUGAAUUCGAGUCAGUUUGUUAAGAAAGGAGAAGAAGCUUUGAUUUAUUAUCCUCUUGAGAAAAAGAGUUUGCUGAGUUGGAUACAAGGUGAAAUUGGGUUGAAGAUUUAUUAUGUUGAUGCUGUUCCAGCGCCGCCCGUUCCUCCACCGGAAAAAGAUCCACCUGUUCCUGAAGAGGCGAAACCUGAAGAGGCGAAGCCUGAUGAAAAGGCUGAAGCUCCGUCAAGCACUGAACCGUCACCGCCUGCUGAUGAGAAACCCGCUGAAGAACCGUCUGAAGGUGAAGCUAAAGCUGAAACUGAAGCUGCACCACAACCACCAGCUCCGGAAAAUGCGGCACCUGAAGGGGAAAAGGAACCUCAACCUGACACGUCAGCACCACCACCACCACAACAAGAGCAACCUCCUGAAGCAAAAGAUCAAGAACCACCACAAAAUGCUCAAGAACAAGAUCCACCACAGCCAGUGCAAGAGCAAGGUGAUAUUGAGUUUGAUCUAAGUGGACCCAAGUGGGACCCGCCGGUAGCUCCAUCCGAACAUGUGAUGGCUGCAUCCGUGUCCGGAUCACAGCCGCAGGUGAAAUUAGCUCCUCCGAUAAACUCUCCGCUGCCAGUCUCGAGGACAGUAUCUAUGGUAAGCUACGCGUCGGACCCACCGGAUAAUAUUUCCAUCGAACGCUCGUCGUUCGAUCUGGUGGAGAAGAUGCAUUACCUCUUUGUACGUGCUGUCAAAGCGAGGUUCUUACCCACCAACGGCAGCCCGGUUGUAAAAAUAUCGGUUGGAAACAACCGCACAGAAUCAAAACCGGCGCGUAAAACUUCGUUUUUUGAGUGGGACCAGACAUUUGCUUUCAGCCGCGAUUCUCCUGAAUCAUCCACAUACUUAGAAGUCUCUCUGUGGGACCCGCCGAGAGGUGACGUGUCAGCAGAAGGUAAGUUCUUAGGUGGCAUUUGCUUUGACGUUACAGAGAUCCCAUUGAGGGAUCCACCGGACAGCCCUUUGGCCCCACAAUGGUACAGGCUGGAGGGUGGUGGAGCCCACAAUGGUGACCUUAUGCUUGCCACGUGGAUUGGCACUCAGGCUGACGAGUCCUUCCCUGAUGCAUGGAAAACCGACACAGCCGGUCACGUUAAUUCUAAAGCCAAAGUUUAUGUCUCACCAAAAUUGUGGUAUCUCAGAGCCACUGUAAUUGAAGCCCAAGACAUUUUGUCGCCAGUAGCGGCGUCAAGAGAAGCUUCAUUCACAAUCAAAGCCCAGCUAGGGUUCCAAGUGCAGAAGACCAAGGUCUCCGUUACACGUAACGGAACUCCGUCAUGGAAUGAGGAUCUGCUCUUUGUCGUCGCCGAGCCAUUAACGGACCACUUGACUUUUGUUCUAGAAAACCGGCAACCUAAAGGACCGGUAACAUUAGGGAUCACGAAGAUCCCACUUACAACUAUAGAGAGGCGAGUCGAUGACCGGAAAGUUGCGUCUAGAUGGUUCAUCUUUGAAAACACCAACGAUGAUAAGGGAGUUUACAAAGGUAGAGUCCAUUUAAGGUUAUGUUUUGACGGUGGAUAUCACGUGAUGGAUGAGGCAGCGCACGUGUGCAGUGACUACCGACCGACGGCCAGGCAGCUGUGGAAACCGCCGGUUGGAACCAUUGAACUCGGUGUGAUUGGAUGCAAGAACUUGUUACCGAUGAAAACAGUUUUUGGUAAAGGCACGACAGAUGCUUACGUGGUAGCUAAAUACGCCUCCAAGUGGAUUCGGACACGUACGGUCUCUGACAGCUUGGAGCCACGGUGGAAUGAACAGUACACGUUUAGGGUUUACGAUCCAUGCACGGUUUUAACCAUCGGAGUGUUUGAUAGUUGGGGAGUCUUCGAAGCUGAUAACGUUAACAAAGAAACGACACGUCCUGAUUGUCGUAUUGGUAAAGUACGGGUACGUAUCUCUACUUUGGAGACGGGUAAGGUGUAUAGAAAUACGUAUCCGUUGCUUUUGUUGGGACACAAUGGGACGACAAAAAUGGGUGAGAUAGAAUUGGCUGUAAGGUUCAUACGUCUGAGUCCAACGUUGGAUUUCUUACAUGUGUACUCGCAGCCUUUGUUACCGUUGAUGCAUCAUAUUAAGCCGCUUGGAGUGGUCCACCAGGAGAUGAUGAGGAGCACAGCUGUGAAGAUCGUAGCCGCCCACUUGACGAGAUCAGAGCCGCCGCUUAGGCAAGAGGUGGUGCUUUACAUGCUGGAUUUGGACUCCCACGCUUUCAGCAUGCGUAAAGUACGUGCAAAUUGGUUCAGGAUCAUCAACGUGAUUGCGGGUGUGAUUGAUAUCAUAAGGUGGGUGGACAACACGCGCGCGUGGAAGAAUCCGACUGCCACUAUACUUGUGCAUGCCUUGUUGGUGAUGUUGGUCUGGUUCCCUGAUUUGAUCGUCCCCACACUAGCGUUUUACGUCUUUGUGAUUGGUGCAUGGAACUAUAGGUUUCGAUCACGGGACCCACUGCCCCACUUUGAUCCGAAGCUCUCAUUGGCUGAUACAGUUGAUCGUGAUGAACUUGAUGAAGAGUUUGAUACAGUGCCAAGUACCAGACCAAAUGAAGUGGUAAGGAUCAGAUACGACAAGCUACGCACGCUUGGAGCACGUGUCCAGACAUUGUUGGGUGAUUUGGCCACGCAAGGAGAACGUGUGCAGGCAUUGGUGACGUGGAGGGACCCACGUGCGACGGGGAUAUUUGUACUGUUAUGUUUCAUUGUGGCAAUGAUUCUGUAUUUAGUACCGUCGAAAAUGGUGUCAAUGGCUUUUGGGUUCUACUAUCUCCGCCAUCCGAUGUUCCGUGAUCAAAUUCCAUCACCGGCGUUGAAUUUCAUUAGGAGGCUGCCAUCACUGUGUGAUCGAAUGAUGUAGUUUGAUAGCAAGCCAUUUGAUUUUAUACCUAAGUUGAUAGCCUUAGUUUUUUUUUUUUUUUUUUUUAAUAAAAAAAGUAAUUAAUUUGUAAUUGAUAUAAAAGCCUCCUUAUUUGCUAAGAAAGCAGGAGACUAUCUAAGCAAU